AGAAAAAGAAGAAGCAGCGAGAGAGCGAAAGAGAGAGAGUGCAAAGUGCAUUGCCGAAUAGGUAGAGAAAGAGAGGGAGAGCAAGAGAGAGGAAGAGAGAGGAGGCGGUUGUUGAGGCAGAAAAUGACAGAAGACAUUGAAGUGAAAUGAGGAGGAGAAGAAUAAUGUAGCAGAAGCGAUAGAUAGAUAGAUAGAUAGAUAGAUAGAUAGAUAGAGAGAGAGAGAGAGAGAGAACAUAUUUUAUAUUUUUAAGAGACUGAGGUGGUUGGCAAAAAAGGCUUAAGGAAGGAGAGAGAGAGAGAGAGAGAGAGAGAGAGAGAGAAAGAAAGAGAGAGAGAGAGAGAGAGAGACAGAGAGAGAGAGAGAGAGGGGUCUACUCCAGUAAUAGCAGUGCACAAUUAGGAGACUGGCUCACUGUGUGUGCUGAGCAGAGAGAUGGGGACGGUCUCUGCCAUGGCCAGAGACACAGAAGACAUGGCCAGGGUCCGAUCCUGAACACACACACACACACACACACACACUCACACACACACACACUCGCUGACAAACACAAAGGAUGACCCCUGGACACGCUGAGCGGAGUGGUCUAGGAGCCAUGACAGGAGGUGUGGUCUUUGCACUGUCCACCUUACUUCUGGUCCAGGCAGUGUCCCCUUGCCCCAAGGAGUGUUCAUGUGAUAGUUAUGCCAAGGUGGUGGACUGUCGGGGGCGUGGUUUAUACGACAUUCCUCACAAGUUACAUCCAGAAACUCAGGAGCUGUAUCUUCAGGACAACCGUAUACGAGGCCUUGGCUCCAUGGCAUUUCGGGAAACGCCACAACUCCGGGUUCUGGACCUGGCCAACAACACCAUAACUAUGCUUUCCCCCAGUGCCCUCCUGGGGCUCAGGGUGUUAAGAAGCCUCAGUUUGGCCAACAACUCGAUCCGUGAGGUGGACCGCCGUUUUUUGGGCUCUAUACGGAAUCUAACCCAGUUGGACCUUUCUUACAACAACAUUGGAGGGCUACCUGGAGCACUAGCUGAUAGCUUCCACCACCUAACCCACCUAUCACUUCAUUAUAACCGGCUGACCAAGGUGGACCGCGCUCACUUGGAGGCCCUUGGGAGCCUGGAGGUGCUGAACCUGAGGGGGAACCUGUGGAAGUGUGAUUGCCAGAUGAUAGGGCUUAAGCUAUGGCUGGAGACAUUCACUUUUAAAGGUGGAGUGGUGGAUGAGGUUGUGUGUGCCCAGCCUCACGCCAUGCGGGAGCGUGACCUGCAGCAAGUUCCCUAUGAGCUCUUCCACACCUGCAUGACCACCAGCUACAGCUACCUGUUCGCCAACAUCCACCACCUGGACAACCAGCACCGGCUGCUCCGUGGUCAUCUCCACCCCAGCCCGGAGGCUCCUCCGUAUGGGGGCGAAUUCGGACCCCCACCGGAGUGUGAGGCCAAACAGAAGCCUCGGCCUGUCAACCUGCGUCAUGCCAUAGCCACAGUGGUAAUAACCGGAGUGGUGUGUGGCAUUGUUUGUCUGAUGAUGCUGGCUGCUGCUGUCUACGGGUGCGCCUAUGCCGCCAUCAUGGCCAAAUACCAGCGUGAGCUGAAGAAGCGAGAGAAGGAGGCCGGAGGAGGAGGGACACAGAGAGAGAACACAGAUAGGGAAGGGGAGAAGGAGCCGCUGGAGAACGCUAUAGCGUGAGAAGGAGUGAGACAUGAAAUAAUGCACAUAUCUGCACCAGGGAUGUUACAUAGUCGUCACAGAUCAUGAACAUCGAUAAAGGAAUACUCCUGGAUUUUUCAGUCUACUGCAUCAGUAGCAUACAGUGGGUUACCACCAACAAUAUGUUCAAUAAUUGCCACAAAUAAUAUGUUCUACAUGUUCCCUUGUGCAGAAAACUUGUUGACUCCAGACAGACUUAUAACAGAAGCCAAUGAGAAAUGGCAGAAUGCUGCCAGCUAACGUUUAUGUGAAAGUAUUUCUGUAGAAUUCUCUCAAGAAUUCUUCAGUCAAAGCAAUCAGUCAACUAGGCAUGAAUAAUUUGUAUAUUUUGUUCUUUCAGAGAGGCAAUAUGUUACCAGUAUAGUGUUAUAGGUGGAGUUUUAACAGACUCCUGCCUGAUCAUGCAUGAAUACCAGAAAACCAACCCUGGUCCUGAAGAUCUACCUUCCUAUAGAGUCUAGUUUCAACUAAUUAACUUCUACAGAUGUUGUUCAUUGGCUGGAUCUAAAGCAGAAGUGCUAAGUGAGUGUGGUGCAGCAUGUUAGAUACAGGUUAGAACUAAACUCUGAAGGAAACUAGAGAUGUGUUCCAAAAGCUAGGACCCAGCUCUUCGUUUGUAUUAUGUAACGCAAAAUGGUAUACCAAGUCCACCAAGGCCACUUUGUCAUGUCAUCAGAAAGGAGUUGGUGCCAAAUAAAUAAAGAAAUACGUAAUGGAGAAGCUACCAUUGAUGUGAAUGAUAAUCUGGCAAAACGAUGUCCUGCAAGCUAAAACAGGUAAACCAAAAGUAGGUGCAUUACACACCCUGCAUUCAGUUUACACCCCCUUAAACAGACACCUUUAUCAACUUGUAGCAGCUAGUUUCAUCUGUGGGUGUUUCUCUUGAAACUUCAUCAGGUCAGAAGCCCACUAAAGAACACUCUGGCAGUUUCCUUGAAAACUGUCUGAAUAUAGGCCCCAUUCCUCAGCUAUAUUUGAAAGAUCCUUUUGAUCGGAACAGAACAUUGCAGAAGAUUGGCAGCAUUUGUCCCACUCUUGAUAAAUAUUUUAUCCUGCCUGCAGUCCCACAGAUAGCUGGUUUCCAUCUGUGUUCGUCCUCACUGUCUUACUCAGCUUCACUGUCUUGUGUGCACCUUUAUUAAGAGCACUUUCAACAAAUGUGGCUUUCUGUAGGCUACAAAAAUAAAAUCUGUUGUUCACCUGACUGGUUGCUUCACAACUAUUUAGAAUGAGUUCAUUUAUUUUUGUAUUAUUUAUAUAUAAUAAUUAAUAAGUGAUUGUUAUCAUUGUGGGAUUUCUCUAUAUGUAUUAUUGUUGUACAAGAACAAUAUUUGACAUAUUUCAAAAGCUCACCAACAGAAUUCAGCAACUGCCCAGUGGUUUCUAUUAUUAGCUACUUUUGAGUCGGCCAGUUUUCUGACUACAGAGAAAAGUGGUAAAAUGGUCAUUUGUGGUAAUCAACUAUACGGUACGGAUGUGGCUUAUUAGGUUGAAACAUGUUGUGGUAUUCCUUUACGGUAGAAAGAAAACACCCAUAUAUAUAAAAGCAAACAUGUACACACAAUUACACAUGUGCAGAUGGUUGUGGAUAGAGCUGAUCCAGCUCUCGUCAAAUCUCGUUACACCUUCUCAAAGGGACAAAUGCUCUUUCCAAACACUCUCCUUCAUAAAGGCAAAACUAGAUAUGACGACAACCAGGGAAAACGGGACUUGUUCUAUAAUGCAGUAUAUUUACCCAGUACACGACUUCCAGAGAUUAGGCCAAAGAUAACAUACAUAGAUACAUAUCAAUGUUUUAAUUGUAUAAUAACUCAGAGAAUAACGAUCUGUCUAAUGCAAGCGCGUUUAACAGCAAUAUGUACAUAAUGACCUGUGUAAUGCGUUUCAAUUUGUGUUUAUGGGUUGGUUGGUUGGUUGGUUGGUUGGUUGGUCUGUAUGUUUACCGGCCUAUCAGGGUUUGACUGGUCAAGUAGGCAGCUGCUACUGUAUGUAUGUAUGUAGUUCUGCGUGUGUAAUUAUGUCUGUGUGCGUGUAAGAGACGUGCCCCAGGAUUAGGUUUCAAAUGGAUUACAGUGGAAUUAAAAUCUAGGUAUUUAGAUUAUGAGACUAUACAGUACUGUGCAAAAAUCAGAGAGCGCACAAUGUUUAUUUCAUUUCCAGUCAAAUCAGACACUAAGUGCAAGACAAUUGUGAAGAAUCCUCAAUAACUACAUAUCAUUUAAAGUUUUUCAGUAUUUAACGUGGCUUUUUGACUUUGUCUUUAUUACAGCUUCCAGGCUUUUUGAGACACCUGCUUUCACAAGACUUAAUUAUAUUCAAUGAUGUUGAGGGCUGGGCUCUGAGGGAGCCAGUCCAUAGUCGUGAGAACACCAGCAGCUUCUUUAUUUCAUUUGCAAAUUAGUUCUUCUUUGCCAAUUUCCUUUUCCUGGUUUCUUGACAGCUACACAUCCUUUCAGACACACAAAGUGUUGAGUUGUCUUCUCACAGUGGAAGAGUGGACAGACGCACUCAUGGAGAUAAAGCAAGAGCAAAGCUGAAUAUCUCCUGUCUCUUAAAGAUGAAUGCUUUAAGGGCUGUUUAUCUGACGGGGACAGUUUAUGAAAGUGUAUUAUUUUAUAUUAGGAUUAUUUUAUAUUCUAAAAUCAAUUACUUGUACAUAAUGACUGUUCUGGCUGGAGAUUAAAUAAGUGAAUGGUGGUCUCUGGGACUGUAUUUGCACAAAAAAAUCCACCAGUGCAAAAAUAGCGGGAAAAGAUUUGGGCUCUUGGAAUGUUGUUGAACUUGCACAGAGGAUUCGAGAAGGGUUUUGAUUGUGAAAACGAGUGUUAUGAGCUACCUCACACCCUCAUGCACACCAUAACGCGGAGAGAGACUGUGAACGAGGGUGUGAAGGACACGAGGUUGUUCUGUCAGGUUGUCUGAAUUUAUCCACCUUAUAUAACAGGAUAGUGAACAGCCAAGCACCACGCGUACACACACACACGUGCACACGCAUAUUCGAAAUCACAUCAGACAUGAUGCUUUGAGUAAUAACGUGAAGGCCAAACAGCCUGUAAGCAAGGCUGCUCAAAUCAGAGAUUUGCUGUCACACACACACACACACACACACGCGCUCAUGUUGCCCUGGGAGUGUGAUGUCAUCAGGUUGUCGGGUCGCGUUAGUGCUGCCACUACAAAUUCAUUACCGCUGCGCGCGCCUCUACCCUUGCGCUCAGUCCUCUGUCCAAUAUGCACAGCAUCACAUUAAUUCUUGAAUAUUAUUACUAUUUUCAAACUACUUUUAGUGCUUCAUGAAUGGCAGCGAUAUUUUCAGUAACACUGCAAGGCGAAAUCAUCUAAUAGUGAAAGUCAAGCUGAUAUAUCUCAUACUUCUCAUUUUUACAUUGUUGAAUUUUAGACAAUUUACAAUUCAUUUUAUCUAGAGAAAUAUGGUUACUAUACAAAUCCUUAAUAUUUUGUUUGUUCAAAUAUUAUUUUUUAAAGCAAAGUUAAAUUAUCUUUCUUUCAUCCUACACUAGCCAAAUGAUGCACCAAUGGAAUAAGACAAUUUCUAUAGGAAAUUACUUAAAACAAGUAAACAGGGACAUUGGAUAUGGGGGUGCUGAGGGGGCUGCAGCAUCCACAGAUUUUGAGAUUGUUUAACUGCAACUACUAAAAAUGAUUUCGAAAAGAACAUGAAAGCCACAAAUUAAGAUUUUGGCAUUUGGGAAUGUGUAAUUGCAUGCAUUUCGCUGGUUGUGCUGUAGAUCCCUUUCUGAAUGGUGAAUCUCAGUGCACUGAAAGAACAUCAAAAUAGUCCAAACUCAGUCAGAACGUGGGACAUUUCACCCAAGCAUAUAAAUGAACGAUCUUUUACUAUUGUCAUCAUAUCUUCAUUGUAUGUUUAUUUUGAAUUUGAGAUUUAAAUAUCAAGCUAGAUCUUAUUUCUUGUAGUAUCUGCAGCUUCCAAGGGCUGUUUAAGUUAACUUUGCUUUCAUUACAGCAAGAAAACCGCUUCCCUUGCCAAAUGUUAGCCCCUGACAUGCCCUACAUUUUUCUAUAUAUUUGAGAUGGACUGUGUGAAUCUCAUUGUGCAGCUUAGUUAUAGGUGUGACACAAUUUGUUACUGGGCCACAUAUCAACAAUCUGAUUGGUCACUCAUUUGCAAAAAGAUCAUCCAGAACAGAUUCCAGGGUGUGCAUCAGCAGUUUGAUGAGUUGGUAAUAUGAGUGCACAUUACAGCACAUCGUGACCUGUUUGAUAUAAAUGAUCCAAAAACAAAA